AUGUCUCUCACAGUCACCUCAGAGCCAUCAAAAACCAUGUCCUCCCUACCCGCCGACCCGUCCUCCCAACAACAGCAACCCACCGUCAACAUGGUCAUCCGCCAAGACCCAUUCUACGUAACACUCGACGCCUCCGCCCUCCUGGCCGUCUCCAUCCUGACAGUCCUGGGAAUGCACUUCGUUGACCACCUCCUCCUCGAGUUCCUCAUCAUCGCCGUCCCCAUCGCCCUCCUCAUCCACAACGACUACCUCAACUUCCUCAAGCUCGGCCCCGGUGGGACACCCCCCACCCCCUCCGGCUACGCCCGUCUAACCUUUUACCGCCUCUUCACCCUCCGCGACCCCUUCACACCCCCCCCUCGGGACGUCGUCUCCUCCCCCUCCACCGGGAUCCUAUCCAAACUCCCUUACCGCCCGGGCCCUCGCCCAACCGUAGCCGGUCUGGCACCCCAGCGUCAGCUAAACCAGCACGGCUCAGUAGAGUGCUACAACCGACUGAGGGCAGCACUCGAGAACCUGUCAAAGAAGCACCCCAGUGUGUUUGUCACCGCAACGUCUUGUCUGGAGAAGCACGGGUUUGCGCUGUUUGCGAGACACCCGUUGAAUGUUUGUGGGAACGGGGAGAUUGUCCAUAUUCACAGUUCGGAUCGGUCGAUGCAUAUGAACUUGCACCCGGAUGAUAUCAAGGAGAUUUUGGAGAAGGGGUGGGGGCAGAGGCAUCCGAUGGCGUGGAGCGGGUGGGUUAGGGCGCCGUUGCCGGAGACGUUUAGUAUGGUUUAUGCUCCUAGGGAUGAGAGUGACUUGAAGAUUGUUUGUCGGAUUGUUGAGGCGGCGAUUUGGUAUGUGAUUGCGGAGAAGGUUGAGAUUGAGCUUGAGUGA